AUGAAACCAAAAGAAUUUCUCUACAUUGUUGAUGGAAUUAUCUAUCGUGGAAUUGAAGCUUUGAAUGCGAAAGAAAAGUCUAGUGCCAAAAAAUCGGUAGACGAGCUACUUGAAAGUAUUGCUGAUGUUGAAAUACCUCCACCGGGCGAAAAAGACUUCAGUGCUGAAAUUAAAAAAGAGAAUAACGAAACUGGGAAAUCCAACGUUACAGUAGAUGAUAAUAGGACUGCUCGUUUAACUGUGUUUGGAAAAAACAAUGAAGUCGGGAAUUCCAACGUUAAAAGAGAUACCAAUACUUUUGCCUGUGCAAACAUAACGGGAACACACAAUGAAAGAGAAAAUAUAACAAUAUCUAGAGACAAUAAAGAAACUUUAAGCGUAAGUAUAACCGGAAUGCACAAUGAAAUUGGAAAUCGCACCCUUGCAAGGGAUACCAAGACGACUGUCUGCGCAAAAAUAACUGGAAUACAUGAUGAAAGAGGAAAUACAAAAAUUUCUAGAGACACGGCAGAAACACUAAGCGUAAAUAUAACUGGAAUGCACAAUGAAAUUGGAAAUCGCACCUUUGCACGGGAUACCAAGACGACUGCCUGCGCAAAAAUAACUGGAAUACAUGAUGAAAGAGGAAAUACAAAAAUUUCCAGAGACACAGCAGAAACACUAAGCGUAAAUAUAACUGGAAUGCACAAUGAAAUUGGAAAUCGCACCUUUGCAAGGGAUACCAAGACAACUUACUGCGGAAAUAUAGCCGGAAUACAUAAUGAAAUAGAAAAUAAAAAAAUUUCUAGAGAUAAUGAAACAGCUCGUUCCAUAAAUAUAACUGCAAUGCACAAUGAAUUCGGAAAUCGCAAAAAAGCAAGAGACACUACAACGACUGAAUGCGCAGACGUGAAAGGAAUAUACAAUGAAGUCCUGAAUCAUACGGAAGCGAGAGACAACACGUCAGUUAAAAACACAAGUGUGAUUCUGAUGCACAACGGAAUUGGAAAUUACCGAAAAUUGAGACACAACCGAGAGUUUGGAGGCCAACACGCAACCUUAAUUGAUAACCAAUUAUUUAAUAUUACAAGCACCGAAUCGAAUAUUGGUACCUCUACUCAUGUCAGCGGAACUGGUGUGAAUGCUUUCAACCUAAAUGUGAGCAAAGGUUCAUUCGGGGUUGAUACAGGCGUUAGUGGACAAGUUCAAUUUUUGAAUGUGGAUAUAGGAACUCGUUUGCAACUUGGCUUGGGGCUUGGCUUCAAUUUGGGUAUUCCGUUUCUUGGUUCAGGAGGAGGUGGUGGUGGUGGAGGUGGUGGCGGUGGUGGUGAAAGUGGUGGUGGUGAAGGUAGUGGUGAAGGUAGUGGUAAAGGUAGUGGUGAAGGUGGUGGUGAAGGUGGUGGUGAAGGUGGUGGUGAAGGUGGUGGUGAAGGUGGUGGUGAAGGUGAUGGUGACGGUGGUAGUGAAGGUGAUGGUAGUGAUGGUGGUGAUGGUGGUAAUUAUUCACAAAACGGAGUGUAUUCUGAUGGUGACAACGAAAACAAUCCGGGCGGGAAUUCUAAUCGCGGUGGUAACCAAGAUGAUCCUGAUUUAUGUGGACCUGGUGAGGAUUCUAAUGAUGGCAACGAAGACAAUACAUAUAAUAAUCAACAAAAUGAAGAUGUUUCGGGAGGGGGUUCCAAUGGUGGUAACGAAGUGGAUCCUGAUUUACAAAAUGAAUAUGGAACCGAUGAAAAUUCUAACCGUGACAACGAAAGCAAUUCGAGAGGGAAUUCCAAUGAUGGUAACGAAAAUGAUCCAAAUCUAGGAAAUGAAUAUGGAUAUCAGUAUGUUUAUGUAGUAGAUGCUAACGGUGGGAACGAAGAUAACCUAGGAGGUGAUUUAAAUGGUGGUAACGAAGGCGAACUUGAUCUAGGAGGUUUUGGAGGGAAUUCCAAUGAUGUUAACACGGAUGAUUCGAUUUAUGACGAUAGCGGAAUUCUAGAUAUCGAGAAUCAAGGUAGUGCUCAAGAAAAUCCUUCAGGAGACACCUAUUCAUCCUCAAAUUCGGCAUCUGAAAACUGCAACGAAAGCACCUUCACCGGAAAUCAUACGCUUUUCAUUGUCAAUAAUCUUCAACCAUCCUCAUUUACUACACAAGAGGUGCAAAUUAAUCAGAAUCUUGAUGGUGAAGAUGCUGCACCGCAUGAUCAUACUAACCGGGAGGAAAAUAGCACAAAUAAAAAUGAUCAUAAAACAGGCGAUAUCAAUAAUAACAAUUGUGAAGAAAACUCCGAAUUCUCUUUGCCCUCCGCUUCAGAUCGCAUGGAAAAAACUAAAAAUUCACAAAAUUUAACCGUAUUUGAGCAAACCUUAGCAGAUUCUAUUAAGGAACAUCCACAUUUGCUUGCGGCACUAAAAGCUAUGGAAUCAGGAUCCAAUUCUGUUUCCUCUGAAUCUUCUACCUCCUCUGCACCCCCUGCACCCUCUACAUCUUCUACUCCCUCUACUCCCUCCCGAUCUUCUACUUUAGAAAACGAUAUUCGUGAACGCAUCAAAAUGUAUAUUCGUCGUGCUAAAGAAGCUAAACAGAACGAGCAAGCCCAAGAAAGAGGUGCAAACUCCGCCGCCACUUCCACUUCUAAUAAUCCUAAAUCUACUGGUGAUAAUUCAUCACCACAAAAGAAACUGACAGACGACGAGGAUAAAGAAGAUGAGGAAGUAGAUAUGGAACUUCCUAAACCAUGCAAAAACCACUCUCCCAAUAUCCGUUGCUUUCGUUGUUUGUUGGGCUCAAAAGGAAAGAACGUGAAACGAGUCAGUGGAAAUGUGUUUGGAUUUGCCAAUUAA